AUGGGAGUCCAACCAACCCCUCGUAGUCUGCUCAUCCUUGCGCUUGGAUGGGCAGGUCUCAUAGGCUCGGCGGACGCGGCCAUGCCGCAUAUUUCCCAGUGCCGGUUAUGCCACAAGUGCCAUCUCGCCGCUGGCGGCGGUCCUCGCAUUGCCACAACUACCGCAAAGCAGGUCCUACCCAUACGGAAGAAGCGCGCUCCGAUGUACGACCCGGAGCUGGAUCCGCUCGUACCUAUCCAAUUCAAACCUUCCAGCUACCGUCCGCAAUCACAAAACGACAUGGCCUCGCUGCCCGAUUGGAUUUUCCGUACGAACACGAACAUGACCCCCUCCGGCGAGGCUGUGGUCAAGGUGUACUGCAUACCCAUCUCUAAGCGUGUAACCGGCUCUAAACCCACAUGCAACCCGGUGCGUAUUGCCGAGAUCAUGAGGCAUCUCCUGGCGCUGGACAAGCUGUCGCAAGAUUGCGGAUUCACGUUCUACUCCUGGUGGGGCUUAUGGAUGGAGUACGUGGAGGGAGUCAGUUUGGAGAACGUGCUCUUCAAGGGCGUUCCUAAGCGGCUGCCGUUGGAGACCAUUGCUGACCUGUUCAACAACCGACUAAACACGACGCGUGUCAUACGCGCGGCCAUCUUUGACCUGUUGACCAGUCAAUGCGACCGCCACGCGCAAAACUUGCUGAUCCAAGAAGACGGAAACUUCAAGCUCAUCGACAAUGAGUCGUGUCUUCAGCACAUGUGGCGCAACUGCGCGUUUGAUUCGGUGCUGGUGCCUACGACCCAAAAGCAGGAGAUCGUCCGCCUAGCCAACCACUACGUGCUGAAGCUGCCCACCGUGACGGGCGGUAACGCCAUACCCCACGCCUUCGCCGACCCGCGCCUGCUUUUCGAUUACCGUUGCUAUCUUCCCGAUGGGAGAGAGCAGAUGGGCACCAAGUACCCGCCACAAAUCGGGACCUGCUUGAAGCGUGUGGCGAGUAUGACACCCAAGGAGAAUUCAAGAUGCAGUAGCCGCGUCGCUUGUUUGCAUGGCAUUGGCAUUGCGAACUCGCUCCCACCCACCAACCCUGCGUGCGCACUAGCCCCCUUGCUUGUGCUACCUCCGGUACCCCCCCGCGCGCGGAAAAUUGUCAAGUAUUACGGCUUUCCGGACGAACGUGUUGCCAACAAUUUGCUGACUCGGGCGACGGACAUGAUCACACGCGGCUUCGAGUGGGCUGCCAAGUACGGCCAUCCCCAGAACGCGCCGCCCAAGCGGUACCGCUUCCAGCCCAAGUGCUGCAAGGUACGUGUGGAGAAGACGCAGUUCCAGUGCGCGCAUCCCUGGAGCCCGAGCCUGGAGCUGCCCUUUGGGAACGCCAUCACGGGACAGCCCUGGGACAAGGACCGACCGGAUCCGGGGUCAUACGUGGGGGGGACUUUCCCGGAGGAUGGGGAGUUGGGGGAGAAUGCGACGGCCGCUGCGUUGGGUACGGCGAUCGCUGGUACGGCAGUCGGUACGGCAACAUGGACGCGAUGA